AAGGCUUGCUUUAUCUAUCCUUGGAUUCACAGUGAUGAGGUGGCCUUGCCCUCCUCCCGAAGGACAGGGAGCAACACACCCACGCUCAUUCCUGUCCUCUGCUCCCUAGCAGGAUGUGCGGCAGGUUCGUGAGGCAGCUGUUGGCUGAAGAGAGCAGGCAUUCCACCAUCGUGGGGCGUCUCCUGCUGCCGGUGCUCCUGGGAUUCCGCCUCGUGCUGCUGGCUGCCAGUGGGACCGGGAUCUAUGGCGAUGAGCAGAGUGAAUUCGUGUGUCACACGCAGCAGGCAGGCUGCAAGGCCGCCUGCUACGAUACCUUCCAUCCCUUCUCCCCACUGCGCUUCUGGGCCUUCCAGGUCAUCUUGGUGGCUGUGCCCAGUGCCCUCUACAUGGGUUUUACUCUGUACCAUCUGAUCUGGCAUUGGGAAGAAUCAGGAAAGGUGAAGGAGGAGACUCUGCUCCGCCAAGGGGAGAAGAGCAGAGACGACGCUUCAGGGCCGGGAAGCCCCAGGCUGCUCUGGGCCUAUGUGGCACAGCUGGGGGUGCGGCUGGUCCUUGAGGGGGCAGCCUUGGGGGUGCAGUACCAUCUGUAUGGCUUCAAGAUGCCCAGCUCCUUUGCAUGUCGUCGGGAGCCUUGCCUUGGCAGUAUAACCUGUUAUCUCUCCCGCCCUUUUGAGAAGACCAUCUUCCUAAAGACCAUGUUUGGGGUCAGUGGGCUCUGUCUCUUGUUUACUCUUUUGGAGCUUGUACUCCUGGGCCUGGUGAGAUGGUGGAGGACCUGGAAGCACAAAUCUCCUCCUUCUAACUACUCCCCAGCUGCAGAGAGCACCAAAAAACACAAGGAACCGACUGACAGCUUCCCAGUGGUGGAAGCCAAAGAGCAGUUCCGAGAAGCAGAGUUAUGAAGCCACCUGCCUCAACUCUGAACGGAACCCUACGAUUGGAUCUUCUUCCGCACAUCCAGUGAGUGGGGAUGUACUUCCAUGACAGAUUAGAGGCUGUUGAAGCAUCUCCCAGGGCCAUGGUGGGCCACGCUGCCUGAGGCAUUUCCCGGGAGAACUCCCGCUCGCGCCUUCCUUCCAGAAUCUCCUGGGUGUCAGCGGCACCAUUUUCACGGGCUUGGUUCCAGAGUUGGCCGGCAGAAGCCUCCGUAAAACUAUUGCUUCUCCCCUGUCCUGCGCAAUAAAUACUGCUGCUGUUGGC